AUGGAGCCCUCAACCGCACCCACCACCACCACCCCGCAAAGCAAGCUCGUCGAAUUCCGCGGCGCUGAGUACAAUGUCAUCAAGGAGGGUCUGGCCCAUAUUCUAAAUCCUCCUUCCCAAGAGGCCGCGUCCAAGGCUACCAGAAGGGACCUCAAGACCGAAGACGAGUCGCAAUCCGUCUUUUACAACCCCAUCCAGCAAUUCAAUCGUGACCUCAGUGUUCUGGCCAUUCGCGCUUUCAGCGAGCAUAUCAUUGAUCUGAAGAAGCAGAAACAUGACCUGAGAUCAAAGAAGCGCACUCCUGGUGGCGGUGCAAAGGGCCAGAAGCGAAAACGUGAGGAUGAGGGGGAGCAGACCUCGAAUAAAAAGGGAGAAGUUGCUGAAAAGUCGGAGACAGAGAAUGCGAAUGAGCAGAUAGAAGUCGAGGUCGAGGUCUCUUCAGCUCCUGAUGCGCCUGCCGCCGCCGCCGCCAAUGGAAAGCAAGAAGACUCAUCCACGCCAUCCCACCAAUUCACCAUCCUAGACGCUCUCUCUGCAACAGGUCUUCGCGCCCUACGCUAUGCCGCCGAAAUCCCCCAUGCAACCAAGAUUGUCGGCAACGACCUCCUCCCCGCGGCAAUCCAGUCCAUGAAGACAAACAUCGACUACAACGGGCUCGGAGACCGCAUUCGACCAAAUCUAGGCGACGCCCGCGCCUACAUGUACACCCUCGGCCCAACAGAAAGAUUCGACGUGAUCGACCUAGACCCCUAUGGCACUGCAUCUCCAUUCAUGGACGCCGCGGUCCAGGGCGUCAAAGACGGCGGUCUGCUGUGUGUCACCUGUACCGACGCGGGAGUCUGGGCAUCGACGGGAUACGCGGAGAAAGCCUUCUCGCUAUACGGCGGUGUGCCUAUCAAGGGCUCGCACAGUCACGAAGGUGGUCUCCGUUUAAUUCUCAACGGUCUCGCCAUGUCUGCUGCCAAGUAUGGGCUAGCUAUUGAGCCCCUGCUUUCACUGAGCAUCGACUUCUACGCCCGGACUUUCGUCCGUGUCUCCCGCUCCCCGGCACAAGUCAAGUUCGUCGCUGGCAACACGCUACUGCAUUAUAACUGUGACUCCGGCUGCGGAGCCUGGAGCAACCAAUACCUCGCCUCAACAAAGCACAAGCUCGACAAAAAGGGUAACCCCAUGAGCUACCAUUCCCUAGCCCAAGGGCCAACCGCAGGCCCGCACUGCGAACACUGCGGCUUCAAAACACACCUCGCAGGCCCAAUGUGGGGAGGCCGUCUUCACAACCCGCAAUUCAUCCAGCGCAUCCUCUCCAUCCUGCCAACCCUCGACAAAAACGUCUACCAAACCGUCCCCCGAAUCGAAGGCAUGCUCACCACAGCCCUGGAAGAAGAUCUAGACCUCACCCCAUCAUCCAUCAAACCCGCCGUCGCCGCCGCCGCAAACACAGCCGAAACCCAACCCCAAUCAACCGAAUACCCCGCCAUAAUCCCAAAAAUGGACCCCUCCCUCCGCGACCCCUACCCCUUCUACUUCAUCUUAGGCGCCCUCUCCAAAGCCCUUCACUGCCAAACACCCCCCAUCGACGAAUUCCGCGGCGCAAUCCACUCAAUCGGCUACCGCUCCACCCGUUCCCACUGCAAACCAAACUCAAUCCGCACAGACGCCCCUUGGCCGGUCGUCUGGGAAAUCAUGCGCGAGUGGGCACGCCAGCACGCGCCUAUCAAAGAAGGUUCCAUCAAACCCGGCACCCCGGGCGCCGGCCUCAUGAAAAUGGACCGCACAAAACUGGCCGCUGGCACUGGCACUGGCGAAGCCGAAGUCGAAGCCGGCGAUGCCUGGCUCGCCCGUCUAAAAACAGACCUCCUUUCCGACAUCGAGGCUGGCCGCGACGUCUCUGAUCUCGUUACUAGAGUCGAAGCUUCGCUCUAUCGAUCCGGUCCUGAGACACGCGCAGCGGAGCGAGAAGCCGAUGCGAAUGCGAGUGCGCCACAUCCCAGCACGCUGGAUAUCCGCUUCGACGCACAGUUAGGUCGUGACUCGUCGGUUUCACAUACGAAUAAGCGACUGGUGCGGUAUCAGAUUAAUCCGCGCGCGAAUUGGGGCCCGUUGAAUCGGGCUUCUUGA